AUGCACCGCGGGUUAGGCCAGGUCUUCCAGCUGGGCAGGAAUAUGGCGGCACCCAGCGCGGAGCCGCAGGUCUUGGUACAAUAUUUGGUGUUACGGAAGGAUCUGUCGCAGGCUCCAUUCUCCUGGCCGGCGGGCGCGCUGGUAGCGCAGGCUUGCCACGCAGCCACGGCGGCCUUGCACAUCCACCGCGACCACCCGCACACGGUGGCUUACCUCCGGGAGCUGGGGCGCAUGCGCAAGGUGGUCCUGGAGGCCCCAGAUGAGACCACCCUAAAGGAGCUGGCUGGGACACUGCAAGAGAAGAAGGUUGACCACAUGCUAUGGCUGGAGCAGCCAGAGAAUGUCGCCACUUGCAUUGCACUCCGUCCCUACCCCAAGGAAGAAGUGAACCAGUAUUUGAAGAAGUUCCGAUUGUUCAAGUGA